AUGCCUUUCAACCACUACCCAUCCACAUCUCCCUUCAUCUCCACCCCUUCCCACCCACCCCUCACAGCCCUCGGCCUCUCAUUGUCAGAGUCCACAUUUGCACCAUCUCGAGCCAGUCCCUUUUCGCGCUAUGUGAGUGCUGACUUCAAGCUGUCGGCCACCAAAGCGGACUCGUGGAGCAUUCGUGACUUCCACACGUGGGAUAAUGUGCCCUUCCUCAACUGGCCUGUCAAGAACCAAAAUGACUGCAAUGCGUGCUGGGCAUAUGCGGUGGUGGCGAGUGUGGAGGCGGCAUACGGCAUUGCAAAGCAGCAGAGCGCUCCUCGGCUGUCAGUGGAGGGUCUCUUUGCGCUCAUGGGUCUCACUGAUUCAGACAAGUGCUCUGCUGGCGGCUCCCCCACCCAGGCUUUUGAGACGCUCACAGCUCUCGAUGCCGCCAGUGGUCUCACAGUUGACAGCGACCCCUGCGGCCAGAGCAGCUACAAGGGCGAUGGGGAUUCGCAGCCCAGCAUGAACCCGUGCGGUCGCUUCCAGUGCCAGGGGACGACAGAGACCACCAACAUCUGCACCUGCAAUAUUCCCACUGCUCCUGUGCAGCCCUUUGUGGAGGUUGAGAAUGGAUACGGCUCCAACACAUGUGCUUAUGCCAACACCACGGCCACCACAAUGACAGUCAGUGGUGACAACUGGUGGUGCUCUGAUGUUCAUCCCCUUGUUGGCCUCUCACUGAUUGACUUCACUGACCAAAACAUAGGCAUUGACUUCAGCCAGCCGUUGCCCAAGGGCAGUGUUCUUCAGCUGGAUGGUACUCCUGCCACACCCUGCACUGCCUUCUUCUACUCCCUCAAUGGGGACACCUGUGCCUACAUCAGCAGACCGCUCAACUUCACAGAACCUGAUCUCACCGCACUCAACCCCGGCCUUGACUGCUCCAAGCCCAUCAAAGCCGGCCGCUCCGUGUGCAUCGAGCGCAGUGCUGCCUUCGCAUUCACCGUACCCGAGUGUGUGAGAUACGGCACGCUCACACCCCAAGACACGUGCGAGCGGCUGCUUCAGAGGACUGGCACUUCACCAGGAGGUGUCAGUGCCAUUGAGAAUCAAUGGGCUGCACUGUACCGCAACAAUCCUGGCCUCACUUGCUCUGCCACUAUCCCUUCCUCUGCCUCCGCUGUCGGCAGCAACAUUGGUGUACAGGUGCGGACUGUGAGGGCUGGGGGGAAACUCUCUGGGAUGGGGGAGCACGGAAUGGUGGGCAAAGAUUUGCCUCACAGCAGAGUACUGGUCGUUCACGAUGGGGAUAUGCAAGAAGGGUAG